GGGUACGCUGCUGGUCGUCGACGACGACGAAGGCGACGGCGACGACGACGUAUGCGCGAGAAUCUCCGUCAGUCGGCGACGGAGUUGCCUACUUGCAGCGUGGGUGGCACGUGCGCGCGUCUCGUCGACCCGGCCAGUUCGAUUCGAUUAAAGGCUUCGCCGCAACCCUCGCUCGCCGCGCGAGCGAGGUGAGACCUCGUGCCCGUGGGUCGUUAUGCGUCGAGCGUCGUCAUCCCCUAAUAAGCUGCGUAAGGGGGCAUACGCGAUACGAGGAUAUGCGAUAAACAUAGUCGGCAAUUCGCGUUUUAACGCGUCGACGAGGAAUUGUGACACGAUCAACCGCCUACUACUGUUUGAUACGUCGCCAAGCGCGUUCGAAAGCUCGAGACGACGACUUUGCAUCGCUCUUGAUCGCCGACGCAUCCAAGAGAAGAAUAUGCAAGAGGCAUUUAUCUAAUCAGUUGGAUGCUUUGCCACUUUAACCCUUAACUGAACGAGGGUCGAGAUAGCGAGAUAGUCGAUCUCGUCUCAGCGUCCUCGCAAAGCACGGCGGCCACUCGAUGAUCGCCUUCCUUUCUCGAAAGGACGAGGAAGCUGAGGACGAAGAGAACGGGGCGAGUCGUAGAAGGACGAAUGUCUACAUCGUGAUCGGCGAUGCCGUACGAAAGAACUGGGCGACAAGGGACGAACAGUUGAGACGUCCUCGAACGAGGGUAAACCGAUCGCGGAUACAACGAAGUCGAUUAAGACGCGAGAACGGGAUCCUUUGUAACCCCGAGAAAGGCGUGACCUCGGCAACAUGAUGUGGAAGGCAAAAUGGUCACGCUUCACCGAGUGCUUCUGCCGACGACCCGGCCUCGUUCUGGUUCUGCUACCGUGCCUGAUUGUCAUCACCCUGUACCUCGUUCCCGACGACGACUACGAAUACGACGUACAGUAUCCGUCCUUCAAGUCGUACAACAUUACGGAAGGCAUGGUGGACGGUUACCUCGUGUGGAAUCCGAAAUGUCACAUGCUGUCCAAAGAGCCUCUGGAUCCGUCCAUCGCGAAAUUCGUGAGGAAGGAGAAGCUGCAGAAAUGUCCGAACGAUCUCAUCCUCUCGCAAAUUUCGAGAGAACCUAACGGCAGCGUGUUUCUUUCCCUCGAUUCCGCCAUGCACAGCGACGUCAUCUGCUGCUGGUCAUCCGUGGUCAGACCCAAGGUGGACAAGCCCAAGAAGAAUAACUACGACUCGACGAUAUCAGUCAAGCAGUGCGAGAAUUUCACGGGACACGUGGCACUCGCCCGCGAAGUGGAAGUGGCGUACGUAUCGUGCAAGGCGAAGACCAAGUCGAAACCCAAGGCGAAGACGAAAUCGUCGACGAAGACGGUGUACGAGAAUGUUCACGCAAUUUUGAAUCCGGAGAAGGUGCGCGAUCGCAACGGCAGCCAGUCCGGGAACUCGACGAGGAAGCUAAGCGUGCUCGUCCUCGGCAUCGACAGUGUCAGCCGACUGAAUUUUUAUCGCGCUAUGCCGAAGACCGAGAAGUAUCUGCGCGAGGCCGGUUGGAUCGGUUUGAAAGGCUACAACAAGAUCGGCGACAACACGUUUCCGAAUCUGAUGGCGAUUCUGACCGGUCAGACGCCGCAACAGGCGUACUCGCAAUGCAAACCGACGGUGGCCUACAAGCUCGACAACUGUCCUUUCGUCUGGCACAAUUUCCGCAACGCCGGCUACGUCACGGCCUACGGCGAGGACGAGACAGCCCUCAAUACAUUUAACUACCUCAAGGUCGGCUUUGUCGAGCCGCCCACGGAUUACUACCUGAGACCUUAUAUGCUGGCCAGCGAGAAGCUUCUCAAAAUUAAAAAAAGAUUCAACAUGAAAUACUGCACCGGUCCCGAAUUGAGCUUUGACCGGAUCUUCGAUUACGCCGUGAAUUUCGCCCGGACUUUUGUCGGCGUGCCGUACUUCGGUUUCUUCUGGACGAACACCAUCAGCCACGACAACAUGAACGGCAUCUCGUCGAUAGACACUCAUAUGUUGAAGAGAUUUGAAUUUUUGGAACAAGACGGGAUUUUGAACGACACAAUGAUAAUCUUCCUGAGCGAUCACGGUAUGCGAUGGGGCGAGUUUCGCACAACCUUUGUCGGUUGGUACGAGGAGAGGUUACCGUACAUCUACAUCUGGCUACCCGAGUGGUUCCGCCGGGAGAAUCCCGAGGCCUAUCGAGCCCUCGCGGUGAAUCAGAACCGACUCACUUCUCCGUUCGAUCUCUACGAGACCUUAAGGGACAUCCUCAUCAUCGGAGGUGGCGAUGCCGAUCCUAGUCCGGGAUGUUCCACCUGUCAAUCCCUCUUCACGCCUGUUCCCAGAGAGAGAGGCUGUCUUGACGCGGGAGUAGCUUAUCAUUGGUGUACCUGCACGGCCUUCAAACCAAUCAACGUCAACAACAAGAUCGUCACCGCUGGCGUGCAGAAGUUUCUGGAUCACGUGGAAAACAUUGUGAAAAAUUACAAGGACAAGAAGGGUCGACGAUUGUGUGCGCGGCUCAGGCUAAAAAAGAUGCAUCAGGUGAACGAGAUGAUCGAUUUCGGCGCGGAAAACCAAUCCAGCGUCGCGUAUUUCUACAUGAUCCAGACAACGCCCGGGAACGGUAACUUCGAGGUCACCAUCAGGUACCACGGCGUCAACAAUUACACUCUGUCCGACAGCGAAGUCAGCAGAAUUAAUCCUUACGCCACGAGCGCGAGGUGUCUAAAUCGUGGCAUGAAGCAGUAUUGCCAUUGCAUCAAGUAGACACUGUGAACUCUCGGGAACGGGAAUUUUUCAUCUUGCGCGCGUUGUACUUCAUUAGUGUUUCGAUGAAUUGAAUCGAUCACCGCACAAAAAAAUCAACUGUUUUUUAAUCAAAAACAUUAAAGUUUUUAUAAGUGUAGUUGUAUCUCCACAACGGAUGGCGAAGAAUAUUCAGACUUUACUUCAAAUAAUUUUUUCGAAGCGAAAAGCUCGCGAAAUUAUUACAAGAAGAUUCGAUUUUACGACGUGUGUUUUUCCUGCAACGAUCGAUUCAAUUUAAUCAAAAUCUUUAUCAAAUAUCUAAUACUACGUUUGUGGUUUUAUUUUCGAUUUUUAAAUUGUACAUGCGAAAGCGUGAGGCACAGCUGAUAUGCUUAGUAUAUAUCAAACAUACCAAAUCGAUUGCCUCAUCUCAAGGAACUAGGGACCUGAGUGGAUAUAGAUGGACAUACUUUCUCGUUUAUCGAGAAUAACUAGGACUAGAUUUUUUUAGGCCACUUGGCACUUAAAUGAUAAACAAUAAUUCAAUAGUCAGUUCGAUAUUAAUGAAGUGAAUAAGUUUUUGUUUUUUAUCGAGAUUUUAAAAUAAAAUCGUUAUUGAUAAAUGGAAAUUAAAUAUGAGCUAAAUGUCAAAAAUUUCUAGUUACGACGAGAAAUGUUUCAAGUUAUAUAUUUUUGCACAAGGACGUUAUUAUAAGAAUCUUACAAUAUUAAAUUAAUAAUGAAACUUCUUCAAUUAUGAUAUUUGAAGUAUUAGGCAUUUUCUCUGUGUCACGCAAUUCUACCAAUAUUAUUUUUGACAAUUAGCUGGUAUUUGUUAUUCACUCUUCAUUUUCGUAGCUUAAUCGCGAGAAAGAAAAAUAAUCGUGAAAGAACGAGCGCAUCGCGUGAAAAAUCAAUUUAGUAAAUUUCAUGUCUCUGCAAUUUGCCGUGCAAUUAAUUGUCAUGCAUAACAUAUUGCGGUAUCGUACAUAUCUUAUAUCAGAGAAUGCGGGAAUCGUUAUUGCGGUAAUUUUUUCCACGCAUCGUUGCAUCGAUCGCGAAUGUAUAUACGACACGUCGCCGUCGUUCCGUUUAGAAUCGAUAUACGUUAAAGAUGCAUGAAAGCGUAAGUGUCGGUAUAACCAUACAAGAGCUAAGGACGUACGCGGAAGUGCAUGAAUGUAUUUUCGCGACGGUACUCGUUCCGUCUUACCGAUGUUGUACUACAAGGCAUUAGCUGUUUGUAAGUAACGCGUGUGCCUGUCUUAGAAGAAGUGCCAAAUGCGUUCUGUGCUAUAACCGAGCGUCAAAACAAACUUCCUUACUUCCUGCACCGAUGGCGAUCACUAUCGGACUAUGACAAUUUUACGACAAUUUUACGUGAAAUUUAAAAAAAUAAACGAGUGAACAAAAUAUUGUGUUGAUAACAAAAAUAAAUACGAAUAAUAAAUCUCAUGUUUUGGCUCUAUAGUAUUUUAGAGACGAAUUCUUGAAUGAAUUUGCUCUUUUUCCUCACGGAAAGUCAAGAAAGAUUAUUAUCUGCUUAUUGUAAUGAAUAUAAAACCGACUUCAAAUUUUUACUUUUCCCUCCCUUCGAAGUAUUUAUACCUUAAAUAUUCUUUAAAAGGAGACUUCUUGUAUAUUUUAUUACAAAGCGCAUGAUCGCCUUCGUGUACGAGUAGUACGGAAUUUUAUGUAUAAGAGGAAAAAUAAGGAGAGAGAGAGGCCAAUGAAUAUAUCGCAACAUAUAUUUUACUACGAUGUUAUGUACGCUUUAUUCUAGGUAACGCGAAGAUGUAAUAAUUAGAAGACAGUGUAAUUAA